AUGGUCGACGCAGUCAGCUCCACCGAGGCAGCCUCCUCCUCCACGCCCAGCAAAGCUUCAAGAGCCACAACAUCAGCACUCGCAAAACCCCGCAAUUCAACGUCGUCCUCCAAGACCCCAUCAUCAAGCUUCAACAAAGAUGCAGCCACGGCUUCCAGGUCUCCUGCUCGAAGGCAGCCGUCUGCGGGCUCCUCCGCACCGCCGGCACCAGCGAGCUCUACUGUGAAACACACGCCUUCCUCUGUCAGCGGCGGAAAUAGGACGAGACCAACGACUCAACGGUCUGAGUCUGUACACAAGCUCACUGCGGCAAUCAGUGGAAAAUCUUCGGAUCAGGCAGCCGCGAAUGGCUCCAUACACACAGCUGCAGGCAAGGUGCCCAUCAGCGACGACGAGGCAGCUCUCACUAGCCGCAUUGGUUUUGAGCCACGCACCAUCUCCGGCUUGCCAGGCGCCUCCCUUCGCACCAAUGAGGCCAUCGUCUGGCUCGAUAUCGACAACACGCUGUACAAGAGAAGCACUCGAAUCGCAGACCUCAUGGCAGAGCGUAUCCGUGCCUAUUUUCACGGCAUGGGCCUCAGCGAAGAUGAGGCAAAGACACUCCACACUUCCUACUACAAGACGUACGGCCUCGCCAUCCGCGGUCUCGUCAAGCACCACCAGAUCGAUCCGCUAGACUAUGACCGCAAAUGCGACGCCAGCUUGCCCCUCGAAGACAUCCUGCGGCCAGACCAUCAGAUCAAGCGAUUGCUAUCAGACCUCGACCGCACCCGUGUACGCGUAUUCGCCCUCACAAACGCCUAUAAGUAUCACGCCGACAGAGUGCUGCGUCUUCUCGACCUGGCAGAUCAAGUCGAGGGCAUUGUCUAUUGCGACUAUGCCGUCCCCGACUUUGCAUGCAAGCCCGAGCUAGACUACUACCGUGCAGCGCUCUUGAAGGUUCAGGCGAAACCCGAGACUCGUAACUACUUUGUCGACGACAGCUCGCUCAACGUUGUGGCCGCAAAAGAGUUGGGCUGGCAUUCGUGUAUUUACUUUCGAGAGGAGGAUGAUGCUGUGCCUCCGCCGCCACCACCAUCAUCAUCAUCAACCGAUGCAGACCAGAAAACCGCAGCUUCCUUCGACAUGACCACCUUGAAGCCUUCGGCAGCGGCAGUCAAGCCUCACCAAUUCACACGUAGCGGAUUUGAUGAAGAUACGAUUCGUCGCGAAUUUCAGAAGCUGCCAUCGCAUCUACGUAUCCAGCUUCUCGGUAUCAUCUUGGACGCGUGCCUCCCGGGAGACAUUGCUACCAUGUCUAGAACACUCGAAAAGCACUUGAGAAUGACACGCGAUGUCGUCAGUGGUCUACCGGACACCGUUGCGCUCAAAAUAUUCGAAAAGCUGCCCGUUCAAGAUCUGCUCCGCUGUCGCCACGUCUCCAAGAAAUGGCAUUCCCUCGCAGCCACGCCUCAUCUGUGGAGAUCGCACGCCUUGGCCCUCACCGAAGCCGAUCCUGUCAAGUUGCUGGCUCCUGCAGAUCCGCAAGGCUGGGAACCACUGGUCAAAGGGCUCUUUUUCCGCGAGCGCAAUUGGGCCAAGGGUCUCGCCCAGACUAUCCAGAAGCUCGAGGGCCAUACCGGCUUCGUGACGGCGAUGAAGCUAAAGGGACGCAAGACGCUCGUCUCGGGGAGUUACGACGAGACUAUCCGAGUCUGGGACAUCUCGACUGGCCACUGCCGUAAAGUGCUGCGUGCCAAGGCCAUCGCCUGUCUCGACUUUUUGCUCGACGAAGGCGUUCUGUGCGCUGGCCUCUACGACACCGGUCGUGUGCUGGUGUGGGACAUGAAGAGCUGGGAACUCAUCCAGACGCUUUCUGGUCACAAUCGCGGCAUUCGCAAUGUGGCCAUCAACCAGCACUACCUCGUCAGCGUCGGUCAGGAUAAAGCCAUCGUGGUUUGGGACUGGAGGACGGGUGCAAAAGUCGUUCGCUUCGGUCAACAGAGCAACGUCUCUUUGGGUGUGUCGCUGGUCGACAAGGACAAGCUGGUGGCUGUUACCGUGGACGGUAUGAUCCGAUGCUUCAGCAUUCUACGCAGGGAGAUGAUCGGUCAGUUCCAGCUCGCCAAGCUUGGCGGCUCGGAGCUUGGAUUGGGUGCAAGACUCGGAGACCAUGCCAGCGGAAAUUCGAUGCUCGAGUGGUUUGCUGCCCAUGGCAACACGUUGACGGUGGCGUCCAAGAAUCUGGUGGUGCAUCUCGAGUGGCACGAACACGUGGUGCCCGUGCAGGAGGUAUCGACUCCGCUCACAGCUGAAGGUCUCCGUCGAAGCGCUUCGUCUCGUCUCAGCGGUGGCGGUGGUAAUGCUGGUUCGACGCUGAGCCCGCUUCAUGCUCGUCGGGACUCGACCUUGAGCAACGCCAGCACCACGGCUGCUGCUCUAUCUGCUAGCACGGCUGCGAGGUCUCGACGCAACUCGAGCACCAGCACCACCUCGUCUGCUAGCGGUAUCGGACAGGCAAGGUCGCCGCGUCGUCCGAUGGCGACCGCCUCGUCGGUGUCAAACACGACUCCAGCUCGCGGUGGUCGAGCAUCGCUAGGUAAUACGUCGAAGUUCGAGACUUCCUCAGCGUCUCCGCUUUCCACACCGUCUCGACCCAGUCCGCGCACGUCCACCAGGCGCGUAUGUGGUCCUCCACCCUGGCCUCUGGCUACAAGCGAUCUCGGUGCUGCUGAAGGGCUCGCGUCGGGCACAUCAACGCCGACACGAAUGAGCACCUCGACGUCGGCUGCUUCCCUAACAUUCCCCAGCACGCCUGCCACCGACGCCGGGGCCGAUACUGAUACGGUUCAUGCAUCGGUUGGUGACACGAAUGGCAAAGACGCUUCGGACUCAACUUUUUCACCCAAUGCGACCCGUAUCGCUCCGGACUUGUCCACAGCCCCCAAAGUCGUCUCGAUCUUGGAAACCCCGGAUGUCGCUGUUGGCUGCGUUGAUCCGACCAAACGAAGGAUCGUCGCCUCGACACGCUUCAGCAGUCGUGCUGGAGCCGAACGGAUGCUCUAUGCCAGCAGUCUACCCUUCGAUCACGGUCGAACUUCGACUCAGCUUACGAGCGAAGCGACGGCCGUCGAAGCCGAACCACCUGCGACUGGCGAUGACAAUGCGAUUCCUGCUACCGCCGACGCAACAUCACCGGACGCAACCUCGACCAUCACUGUUCCGAUCAGAGGGGCGUGGGAAGCGCAGUCUGCCGACCUUGCUACACCAGCACGCAACCCGAUGGCGAUGGAGCUGGACCACGAAAGCGUCGUCGUUGGGUGUGCGGAUGGUCUCAUCUAUCGCAUCCACUUUGUCGGCUCUGAAUACGGACCCGAGACGCUCAGAACCGACACGGUCUCGGGGCUCACGAACGGUGCCGAUGCAGAUGGGCAGCCCAAGGUCGGAGAUGCUACGAUCACGGAUCUUCUCCAGCUGCGACAAGUGUGGGGAGAAAUCAUGGUGCCUGAGGAUCAGCCGGAUCAUCCGGGGAGACUCAGGAGGGACUUUGUGAAGGAUUUGGGUCUCAAGUAG